AUGGAGCUCAACGUCGACUACUAUGGACACGAUAUCAAGAAAAUUGAGGACCAACGGGUUGACAGCGCGGCGGCCUGCCAAUCCCUCUGCCAGGCGACUAGCGGCUGUAUUUACUGGACAUGGGUCUCUCAAACCGAACACUGUUAUCUGAAAGACCUUCAUGCUCUGCUGGGGAGAGUCCAAAGCCAGCAAACCGUCGGCAUGGUGUCGGGGCCGAAGUAUUGCACUCCAACCCCACCAGGCUGCCACGAGUGGGACGUGGACUAUCAAGGCUUCGAUAUUAAGAAGAUCGAGGGUCAAUGCUCGUCAGCAAAACACUGUCAGCAUAUGUGCCAAGGAACUGCUGGCUGCAGCUUUUGGUCCUACGUGAGCUCGUCAAAGAGCUGCUACCUGAAGAGCAAUCUUGCCCUGAAUGGGCGCCAUGCCGACGAAUCGACUUUGGGAAUGGUCUCAGGUCCAGCAUUCUGCCCCCUCCAUCCGGUUUGCAAGGAAGACAAUGUCGACUACAGUGGAUACGACGUUCAGAAGAUUGAAAGUGGAGACGUCGCUUCUGCGAAGGAGUGCCAGGCUCUGUGUGAAAAGCUCCCGGAGUGCUCCUUCUGGACCUGGGUCAGCUACAAACAAAACUGCUACCUCAAGAACUACUUCGCCCUAAUUGGUCGUGAUGCCGGACCGGCCGCUUCUGGAAUGAUAUCCGGCCCGAAACGAUGUGCUGCGGUCCCUCAAGCUUGUCACGAGUACAACGUAGACUAUCGAGGACACGAUGUGAAAAAGUUGGAAUCUGGACAGGUAUUCUCAGCGGACUCGUGCCGCGCGCUGUGCCAGGCUGACCAGAGCUGCCAUUACUGGACAUGGGUGCGGUCAACCAACAGCUGUUACCUGAAAGAUCAAUACGCUCCCCUCGGACGUGUUCAAGACUCCAGCACCUUCGGGAUGGUUUCAGGCUCGAGACGCUGCGGCGAACAGUUUUCCGGCUCCUGCUACGAGGUCGGCGUGGAUUACUAUGGAUACGACAUCGAAAAGCUGGAAACAGGGGAGGUGACAACCCCCUCAGCUUGUCAAGCUUUGUGCAAAAACCGCGCAGGCUGCUACUACUGGACAUGGGUGCAGACGACGCAGAGCUGCUACCUCAAAAAUCCAUAUGCGCUUCAAGGUUGGAUGCGAGAUAGCACAACGAUGGACAAAAUAUCUGGAGCGAAAGACUGUGUCCCUGUCCCUGCAACUUGUCACGAGCUGGACGUGGAUUACCGAGGGUUCGACAUUCAAAAAAUCGAGACGAAUUCCGUCGCAUCCUAUGCCGACUGCCAGCAGCUCUGCGAAGCGAAUGUGCAGUGCUUUUAUUGGACAUGGGUCAGCCAGAAGAAGAACUGCUACUUAAAGAACCAAGGGGCAUUACUUGGUCGAACGCAAGAUGCAGCGACCGCAGGUCUCGUCUCAGGACCGAAAACAUGCACACCUCGUGGGCAAUGCUACGAGGUCGACGUGGAUUACCACGGCUUCGACACCGAAAAAAUCGAGACGGGGCAGGUGACAUCAGCUGCGCUUUGCCACUACCACUGCGUCACGGCUGCCCAUUGCGCUUACUGGACCUGGGUCGGCCAGACAAGCAACUGCUACCUGAAGAGUAGCAAUGCCCUUCUAGGGCGUGUUCAAGACUUCAGCUCUGUGGGAAUGGUUUCUGGCCCCCGGAUCUGCGCGCCUUCUGCUGGCUCCCUUGAGAUUAACGUGGAUUUCGUUGGCAACGACAUCAAGUUAGUUGACGAUGGCUCUGUUAAAUCGUACCCCGAUUGCCAGUAUCUCUGCCAACAGUACUCAGACUGUCACUACUGGACGUACUACCAGGACAAAAUGUCGUGUUUCUUGAAAAACGCGAUGGCUCCCACUUCGCGACUCCCCAGACAGUCUACAGUAUCUGGACCCAAGUUCUUUGACGGCCCAGGCGUGCCUCCGCCUUCGCUGCCUGAGGAGCCACUGCAGCCAUGCUUCCAGACCAACGUUGAAUUUAUUGGUGUCGAACUCCAGUCCCUUGUCACCAACUUCGCAGCUCAGUGUCAAUCGGCAUGCCAGGCAAAUGCUCUGUGUUCUUUCUUUACUUUUUACCGCCUCGAACGCCGCUGCGUUCUCAAGAGCUCCGAGACCGGAAGGCCGCAGAGAGAACUACCUGUCGGUUUUGCGAUAUCGGGCAUGAAAUUCUGCAGCUCCAAUGACAACCAUGACUCUGGUCCGCAGUGCGCGGUCUAUAAUACAGAGUAUGUCGGUCAAGAAUGCGGUUCCCAUGCUACAGCGAGUUCGGCACUCCACUGCCAGGCGCUUUGCCAACAAAGCUCUGUGUGCAAUUUCUUCACCUAUCAUUCACAGGAUGGACGGUGUGUGCUUCAGCAGUUCGCCUCUUCUUCCGCAGAAAUUCAGGCUGUGCCACGCGGUUUUGCAGUUUCGGCUACGAAAUACUGUGAGGCUCCUGAGACUGAUGCCCCUUCCUGCGCUGAACGGGAUGCGGAAUACCUUGGUAACACUCUCAGAACUGUCACAACCACAUCGGCAACGGACUGCCAGGGACUCUGCAAGGAAAAUGUGCACUGCGAUUUCUUCACAUUCGACGGCCUGACAAGUGCAUGCAUUCUCAAGAAGGCGUAUGCAGGAGGGGAAGACAAAUUAUACAAACUGCCGAAACCUUUCGCGACGUCAGCUACGAAGGAAUGCGCACCGUCCGAAAGUCAUCCUGAAUGUGCAGAAAAUAAUACGCUGUACUUGGGUAUCGACACUGCCCCAGUAAUCACUGCGGAGACUUCUUCAGAGUGCCAAAAACUUUGCCAGCAGUUCACCGACUGUGAGUACUUCACCUUUAGCACAUCGGAAAAGCGAUGCCGUCUCAGAAAAUUGGAGAACGCAGGCUCGACGGUGCAGAAACUUCCUUUCCCUGGAAUUGUGUCUGGGCCGAAGUACUGCAGUACCCCUAUGGAACCAUCCGGUGGCCACUACGCGGAAGUGGACGUGGAACUGAAGAACCACAACUUGCCUGCCUCACCUGUUGCGGCAGAAAAUGCUACUGCAUGCCUUGGAGCAUGCAACGGUGAACCAGAGUGCCACUACUGGACAUAUUACUCUACAGUUGACGAAUCUAUGGCCUGUCACCUCAAGGGCGCUGGUGCUCUGGAGGGGAAAGCGAGUUUGGCUGGAGCAGUUUCCGGUUCGAAGGAUGUCGUCAUUACUGUGGAGGUGGGGAUUGAAUACGUUGACGCAAAUUUGCCGAAAGACCCACUCCGAGCACAGUCGCUACGAGAGUGCCAAGAAGCUUGUGCGAACGUGCUCCAGUGCAAAUAUUGGACGUUCUACCCUAGGCGAUCCGUAAACUGUUACCUGAAGGACUUCACAGCAACAAAUACAAAGAAAACCAAUGUUAACGCGGUUUCUGGAGGCAAGUACUCUAUUAGAGGGAUGGUACCGCGUAAGUACCUUGACGAUCGAAGGUACGGAGCAGAUCUUCUGUCCGGCCAAACUGUCGCAUCAGCCGCGCUCACAGCCGCAAGCGCCAACGAAUGCCAGAAACAAGCUCAGGCCAAUCCAAAGAAACCGUUUUGGUCAUGGAACAAGUUCGAUCAGACCUGCAACCUAUAUGGUGAUGAAGUGCUGGGAAGCGAGACGUAUGAUUACGAAUGGGUCUCUGGGUACGCUGAAAGCCAAGACUCAUCCUAUCCAAGCGAAGCAUACACUUACGGCAAAGGCAUAGACUUGCUUCUGCUUGGCACAUUCCAAAUGACGACGGCUAGUUCACCGGAAGCUUGCGCCGAGAUGUGCGCCGGCGUGGAACUCUGUCGCGUUGCGUCAUUCACGAGAGCAGCCAGUGACGGGACGCCAAACUGUUUCCUCGGACGCCUGGGUGCACAAAGAGCUGUUGUUUCCAAGGACCAGGUCGUAGUCGCACAGCAUAACCUCGUUCUGCAAGUGGGGAGGAAGCCGACGACUGUAUCCAUUUCCGACCAGUCUGGCAGCACCUUGACCAAAUGCAUGAAGCUUUGUGGCCAAACUGAGACGUGCAAGCGGUGGUCAAUUGAUUUGUCCACCGGUGUCUGCUCGCUCUACGCCCACACAGAUGCUUGGACUGACAAUGCGUCGUGUGUGACGGCGGAUAUUGGCAUUUUGUUGGAAGAAAUAGAGGAAGCUGUUUUGGUCGACACUGCGCUCCUUCCUGUGGCGGUCAACAAGGUCGUCAAGCCCGUAACCGACUGCGCUGUACAAUUCCAGAAGAGCCACUGCCUUGCGUACUCAUACGCUGUGGCUGGAGCGGGGGCCCGUGACGGCGCUUGCUAUUUUGGGUCUAUUGGCGACGGGGCAGAUCUGCCGCGAUUCACAAAAAGACAAAAGGGCAGCGUCCUGGUUCGCAGGCAGAACCGUUUGAUGAUGACGGAGGUUGCCUUCGUCGGAGAACGCUCCACCUCAACAACGGAGCAGCUGGACACAGCUGUUGCUUGCGCGACAGCUUGCUCAACAGCAAUGGAUUGCAAAGCAUGGACGUUCCGAGGAGAUGAGAGCCGUUGCGAGUUAUUCGCGAGCAUCUCGACUGGUGUCGCUGAUUCCCCGCUCGUUGUGUCUGGCACCAAGCAGGCUGAUGGCUCAGCCUUCGAGGCCUCACACGUCAAAUUACAAACGGCGAUUGCUACAAGGUUGACAGACACGAUACUUGCAAGGCAAACCGUUCAGAGCGAGACAGAGUGCGAGACACUCUGCACGAACACAGCAAACUGCGUUCAGUGGUCUACCACAACUCAAGACGAUGACACCCUGGAAUGUGUCGCUGGUGCGUGGAAUGCCCUGCUCGAGCCCAACAACAACGCCCGCACGUCGGUAAUAAGUUCAAGGUUCUUCAGGCCUUUCAUGGAGCUCAAAGGCAAACCGAUAAAAACUGAUAAUCCCGCAUCACCGCCUGCAGACCCAGUGCAGCACUGCGUGGAACAGUGUGAAUCACACGUUGCUGAUUGCCACGCAUGGACAAUGAAGAUCACCGCGACCGGGGCCCAGUGUGAAUACUUCACGGAGACUGUAAGAGUUGCCAGCACUACAAAUCCUCUGGCGGUUUCCGGAAGCAAGGGAAUUUCUGAUGUUCAAGCACGAGCUGUGGUGUAUGGCGCAUACCAAGUGCCGGCAACGCAAGAGCUGUCUGCGCCAACGGUCCUGGACUGCCAGAAAAGGUGUGAGGACGACGAUUCGUGCCUGGCAUGGUCGUAUAAAUAUACAGAGACAAUAGACGUGUGCAGGACGAUACAGGAUCCCGCAUACGACCGCACCGCCGAAGCCGGAGCGAUUGUAGUGGAACUCCAUUACAGGUUUUUGCAGCCGUUCCAGGUUCUUGCCGGAGAACAAGAGGAUAUUAUAGAUACCGUCGAAGGCUCCGCGACGAAGAACGACCUGUGUGGAUGCAUGGCUGCAUGCUUCGACAGGAUCGAAUGUGCUGCCUGGGCGCUAGAGCUGACUGAGGCAGGCUCGAUCUGCACCCUUUACUCUGCGUUCAAGAAGGUGGAGGCGCCAGGACUUGUUAUAUCUGGCACUCGCCGUAAUGCCACGUCGUGCGAGAGUGGUAUAGCAGACCGCCUUCUCCUGGAAAAUCCGAUCAUGUUUGAAACCGAGGGAACCUUAGAUGAAGUUUUGAAGACUGCCACCUCUCAACAUUCGUACACUGUUGGCGUUUCCCUGGUCACGCCAGCGCAGGAACCUCCGCAGUACAAGCAAGCCAAGGUUGUUACCAGCAAUGAAGUGUCUGACAGCGCGGUGGCCGUUGUGGUCAACUAUGUCGCGCCGUAA